GGUGAGCGAGUCCCAGAAUUUAGUUUUCUGCCCGGAGGUCAAGGACAAACACAAACACGAAAAGGAGGGAAGCCGUGACUUGCCAGCACUCCUUGCCCUUCCCCCAGCGUAGGGAAUGGUGGCGGCCCGCAGGACGUGACGGCGCCGGAGGUCUGGGUCGGAGUCCUCGGAGGCAGCAGCUGCCCUUGGCGGAGCUCUCGGCGCCCGGCCUCCAGGCCUGCAGCAAUCAUGGUGAAUCUGAUUCAGGCUGUGCGUGACCACUGGGUUCAUAUUCUGGUACCAAUGGGAUUUGUCAUUGGCUAUUAUCUAGACAAGAGGAGUGAUGAAAAACUAACUGCUUUCCGGAAUAAGAGCAUGUUAUAUAGAAGGGAACUGAAGCCUAAUGAAGAAGUUACCUGGAAAUGAAGGCUUUGGCUGAAUUGAGAAAUUUUCAUGUUGAAUAAAAAUAUUUUAUGAAAGAAGUGAAAA